AUGAUGUCAUCGGAGGAGGAGGCCGACUCACACGCGCCCUACUCGGAUAAACUACUGAAGAAACAGAAACGCGUCAGACAGCGCGUGGACGCCGGUGAGCCGCGCAAUUCUUAUUCGACUCUCGCGACGAACGGACUCGCGCCCGCGCGCGCCGCACACAUGAGUGGCGGACUUUACGGCGCCAUCUUCGAGGGCCGCCAGCACUUCGGACUCUUCAGUCACUGCUACGCUCCGGCUGAGAUGCUCAAUGAAUUACUAGGCCGAGCGCCAAGGCAGGAGGAUGCCAGCGACGAUGCCACCGGUGGCGACAUGUUACGCGACCGCGUGCUUCGCGACAUCCUUCAGAACCAGAAAAAGGGGCUGAUGAGAUUAUCCCCGGACAACAACAACGUACUCGCAAAUAAUAAUAAUGAUGAACCCAAAGAAGAAAAGAGGUCGCCUGAGCGGCCUGUUUCGUGUGACUCCCGGCCCGACCUCGACGAGGCUCUGUUGAAUCUCGACAGUGCCGGUGAUUCCCGAAACUCCCCGCCGCCUGCGCCUCCAUCCAGUGAACCACUUCUUGCUCCAAAAUCGGAGCCUGAGGAUCGUGAUAGUGACGCACAACGGUCUUCGCCGCGACCUCUGGACGUUAAACGUGCUCGUGUAGAAAAUAUAGUGUCGACAAUGCGUGCUAGUCCCGCUCCCCAACAACCACAAGUGAACGGCUGUAAGAAACGGAAACUGUAUCAUCCACAACAACACGAUGGUGCAGCGGAGCGUUAUGGAACUAGCCAUGGCAGCAGUGGUCAAACGAUUUCAGACGAAUCAGAGGAUGAUGGUGAGCGACCGCCCAUUCAACAAAAGUUAGUAGAAAAAAAUGCUUUAAAAUCACAAUUAAGAACUAUGCAAGAGCAGCUUGCAGAAAUGCAAGAAAAGUAUGUGCAGUUAUGCAAUAGAAUGGGUCAGGAUUCGGAGACGGUAGACAAUGAUGGUGCCUCUAGUGAAAUAGAACAAAAUGACGAACCUGUGCCUAAAUCAGAGCCAUCUUCGCCAGUCAAAGAAGUACCACCUUCGAUACCUAAUAGUGUAGCGCCAAAUUUAUUAUCACAAGUUAUGACCAAAAUGAUGACUGCAAAAAUUCAACAAGCUCAUUCUGCAGCCCACAGUCAUCUUCCACCUGGUUUUAACGGGACCUUGCCUCUAAUGCCCCAUCUACCAACCGGUGAACACAUGCAUCCACCACACUCCCAUCAACACUUAAAUAACGCUGCCGCCAUGUACCUUAAUGUAAGUCAAAAGCUAUUUUUAGAACAAGAAGCUAGGAUGAAAGAAGCCAAUGAACAACAACAAAACAAUCAACAGCAGAGGCUACAAUCUAACCAGCAUUCACCUCAACAUAGACAAUUAGGUCCAACUCCUAAGCCUCCGCUGUCUUCAGAAUUAGCAGAACGCUUAGAUGCAUUAAGGAGCAAUUCUGGUUCAGUAGGCCCUGUAUCAGGAGCCGAUCUAGAGGGACUAGCCGAGGUUCUUAAAAGUGAGAUCACAGCUUCACUGGCGAGUCUGAUUGACUCAAUUGUCACCCGGUUCGUUCACCAGCGUCGUAUAUUGGGAAAGCAGUCCGAAGCCGCAGCGGCUGCAGCCGAACAAUUCAACAAGGAUUUGCUGAGGGCAACUCGACUUCUUGACCAGCCAACGACGCCAAAAGUGCCCGAACGACCUUCCGGGCAAAUGUCAGGUAACCAACCCGUCCAUCACCCGGGUGCGCCGAAUGGCGUCCCAUUUAUGACAAAUAACCCGAUGUUUAUGAACCACAUGAAUGGUGCCCGUGCGCCGGGUGGUGCGGCAUUUCCGCUGCACCACGAGGCGGGCGGGCCCGGCCACGGCGCUCACAUGCGGCCGCCCACAGGCAUGUUCCAGGCGCCGCAAAAACCACUGCAACCGCACUUCGGCCCGAUGAAUGGACAUUUCGACCGGGAUCAGAACCCCGACCCCAGUGAACCCCUGAGCCUGGUCAUGACGCCUAAAAAGAAAAGGCAUAAGGUGACUGACACUCGGAUCACUCCACGUACCGUAAGCAGAAUUUUGGGCGAGGGAGUAGGACACUCCCCUGAAAGCAAGUUUCCGGAAUCGCCAUCACCACGUUCGUUCCCGAGCGGAUUGAACCUGCCCACAAGCGUGGCGAUACCGAACCCCUCGUUACACGAGAGCCAAGUUUUCUCGCCGUACUCGCCAUUUUUCGGGGCCGGUGGCGGCUUGGCGCGGUCGCCGCCUGCUCCCGAACGGGACUCGCCGCCAUUGCCAAACGCACCUGCGAUGUUGCACCCAGUGCUGCUGGCUCACCACGGCUCGCCGGACUACCUGCGGCCGCACCACCCACACGUGCCACACCACGCCGCGGGCCCGCACCACCCCCACCACAUGGACAUGCAGGACCCGCACUCCGACUGCAACUCAACCGACCUGCCCUUCGAUGGAGUUCAGCCUACUUCUGCAACACUGACGCCGAUGCAUCUCCGCAAAGCUAAGCUGAUGUUCUUCUGGGUACGGUACCCGAGCUCCGCAGUUCUCAAGAUGUACUUCCCAGAUAUCAAGUUCAACAAAAACAACACAGCGCAGCUCGUCAAGUGGUUCUCAAACUUUAGAGAGUUCUACUACAUUCAAAUGGAGAAGUACGCACGGCAGGCAAUCAGUGAGGGGAUGAAAACGCCGGACGACCUGCAUGUGGCAGGCGAUUCCGAACUGUACAGAGUGCUCAACCUACAUUACAACAGAAAUAACCACAUUGAAGUUCCGCCGAACUUCAGAUAUGUGGUUGAGCAGACGCUAAGGGAGUUCUUCCGCGCAAUCCAGGGCGGCAAGGACAAUGAGCAGAGCUGGAAGAAGUCCAUCUACAAGGUGAUCUCACGGCUCGAUGACCCCGUGCCUGAGUAUUUCAAGUCACCGAACUUCCUCGAGCAGCUGGAGUGAGCUCCACAUCGACUCGACGCACACUAAAGUUUCGGCAAACAAAAUUUAUUAAAAAAAAAUCCAUUGGACGAUUGUUUCGCACACCAAAAUUUUACGACACUCGCAUUUAGGCCUUCAGAUUCAAAAUUAUUGAUAAAAAAAGUUUAAUUAAAAUUAUUAAAAAUUGAAUUUGUACGUUGGACGUCGAGCGGCAUGGUGUACGGCGGGGCCCCCGCCUCGCUACCACGGCCCGCGCUCUACUAGGAAAUUCAUUAGGUUAUACGAGUAAGAGAAAAUUUAAGUCACCUAGAAUUUUAUUUCUGCACAUAAUAUA